AUGGUUCGACCGUCGAAUCUGGAACUCAUGGCUCGCGUGCUAGAUGCAGUGGCAAAUCUUGACGACACCAGAGGUUCGUCAGCUCGCGAAGUUCUCAGUUUUAUCCAGCAUAGCAACAUAUCGGCUAAAACUUUGACAUUGCAGGUACAUCGAGCUUUAAAGCGUGCAGUAAAUGCUGGACUUUUACGGCAUAAGAGUGGUCGUUAUAAAGCACUGGCUACUUUGAAUCCUAAUUCUGUUUCUAACCCACCUGCUGGUAAGGAGCCAGCUACUAACAAUCAGAGAAACGAAGAGAAAAAACCAAAAUCCGCUGUACAAGCACCUAAUAGCGACGUGGAAUCGUCUCGUCAAACACAAGAGCGCAAGAAAAGAACUACGUCACGACGACGAAACAGUAAACAUCGUAGUAAUAAAACAAGAAGAAAAAGCCGACGUUCGCCUUAUACUAGACGAAAUGCCGUUCAACGUCGAAAGGUGUGUCAAUUAGCGUUGUCGCUACUAUAAUCUUGAUUAAAUGUAUAUUUACGUAAUUCU